AGUUACCGUGACGUCAUCAGUCCGCAUCGUACGGUGGAAACCAACGUGGGAAGAGGAGGAAGAGAGCGACGUGAAGAGGAGGAGAGUGAAGAAGAGUCCCCACGUGAACCGGUGUGAACAUGGCAUCGAUUCAGGAGCCAGAGGUCCAGCUCGCGCAGAGACUAGCCUCUAACGAGAAGCCCGUCCGGACCAAGGCCAUAAAGAAACUGAGGAAGUACAUCAGCGUCAGGUCUCAGAGCGACAUAGGUGGAUUCACAGGUGAUGAGCUGCUCAAGCUAUGGAAGGGUCUGUUCUACUGUCUGUGGAUGCAGGAUAAACCACUGCUCCAGGAGGAGCUAUCAAACCAAAUCUCCACCCUGAUCCACAGCUUCCACCAUAUCGACAACCAGCUGUUAUACCUGGAGAGCUUCCUGCAGACCUUCAAAAGAGAGUGGACCGGUAUCGACAGGCUGCGGAUGGACAAGUUCUUCCAGCUGGUUCGCUUCAUGUUCAGACAAACCUUUGAGAUGCUGAAGAGGAAAAACUGGGAGAGCAGUCUGGUCGGCAGGUUUCUGGAGCUGCUGAAUGCACAGCUUCUGCAGAGCAGCAGCGGGGCGCCCUGCGGGCUGCAGUUCCACAUCCUGGACCUCUACAUGACCGAACUGGCUGCUGUGGGUUCAGCAGAGCUCACUGCUGAUCAGAACUUGAUAUUCAUCGAGCCCUUCUGCAAAACAGCAGCCAAAACUAAAGAUCGGUCUCUUUUCAGAGCCAUCUGCAACAGCCUCCUCGGCACCAUCAUCGACCAGGCCCCCUUCGCUAUUGAUGAUUUGAUGAAGGAGGUGAAAGGAGCCGAGGCCUCAGACUCCGACUCAGGACAGGCCUCUGAAGAGGACGACCAAGAAGACCAACCAGAGGAGAAAAUAAGCAAACCAGUCAGCAAGAAAGGGACAUGGAAGCAGAUGAACGGUAAUAUAUCCAAUGAAGCCGAGGAGGAUGACAGUGAUGAGCUUCUUCACUUGGAAGACUCGGACUCAGAGGGGUCAUGUGAUGAAGACGAUGAAGAAAUCGGACCAGUCCUACAGUUUGACUAUGCGGCCCUGGCUGACAAGCUGUUUGCGUUAGCCAGUCGGAACAGCACACCCAGCCGGAACAGGCAGAGACUCUACAAAAUCAUCAAUGUACUGCGGGACCUGAAUGAAGGCAUCUUCCCUCAGGAUGAGUGUCCAGAGGAGGUCUCCACAGAUGAGGAUGAUGACAUGUUCUGCAGCAGGAAGAGGAUGAAGAGAGGAGGUCGUCCCACGAAGGAUGACGAGGAGGGGGGUCCAGCAGCCAAGAAAAGGAAGAAAAGGGAGGCAUCCGCACUCAACAAGCAAAACGAGGCAUCUGGGGAAGACGACAAUGAACCGGCUGACCUUUCUGCAAAUGAUGAAAACAAAAAGAAGAAAAAGAAGAAAAGGAAGAAGAAAAAGAAGGCAGUGCAGAGUGGAAGUGCAGCUGGUGAGGAAAAUGCAGACGGACCUGAACAGACUGUGGCUCCAGCUCAAAGUGGAAAUAAAGAGACUGAAGGAGGUCCAGAGUGUUCACAAGACACACAGAAGGAAGCACAGACACAGGGCUCCCUCUCAUCUGUAAAAGUGACAGAAGCAGCUACUCCAGAGAGCCAGUCAGAAACUCUGCUUCUCUCUGAAGUAAAGAAACAGCCGACAGUUAUAGUCAUAGAAGACACCAGCGAACCAACCCCCUGCACCAGUGAUAAGGACCAAUCUGAAAAGGAGACUUCUGAGCUCAAACCUGAGGUGAUGGAGACAGCAGAGGAGGAGCAGACUCCUGAUAAAACAGAGCCAGAGAUGUCCCCCGAAGCCCAUGCUACCGUCUCAGGCAAGAAGAAGAAAAAGAAGAAGGGCCUGAAGGCCAAACUACAAACAGAUGAGAUUGUGGCUGAAUUGCAGGUCAAUGGAGAAGAAGAGAUCAUACCAGCAAGUAGUGAGGAGUCAGCUGAAAAACAUGCAACGACGACACCUGAGACUGAUGCUACAGUCCCUGCCAAGAAGAAGAAGAAGAAGGUCCUGAAGGCCAAGAAGAAUGUCAAGGAGGUUGAGGGCGAAUCACAAGUCCAUAGUGUGAGCACAGAAGCAGAUUCCCCAUCGAUACUUUGUGAGGAUUCAGAGGAAGCUUGCCCAACCGUCCAACUCGUGGCGCCAACUGAUUCUACAACCCCAUGCAGUAAGAAGGGUAAGAAAAAGAACCUCAAGGCUAAUGAAGCACUAAAGGUUGAGGCUGAGGCACAGCUCGAGGUAGAGGGAAAACACACAUCAGCUGGUGAGGAAACAUCACAAGAUGCCGCCGCAGUGCCACUUAAAAAGAAGACAAAGAAAAAGGGCAAGCAGGGAGAUGCAACAUUGGAUGAAAGCACCGUAACCCCGCUGAAUAAGAAGAGGAAAAAGAAUAAAAAAGAAUCGGAAGCGGAAGAGGAAGGAGCGGCGGUGGAAGCCCCUCAGUCGGUGGAUGCUGAGAUCACCAUGACAACGCCAGCAAAGAAGAAGAAAAAGAAGUUGGCAGCAGCCCAAUUGGAGGUGAAAGAUCAAACCCAGUCGCAGGUGGUCGGCAGUGUUGACGCAGAGCUCUCACUGGGUGAAGCUGAAGCGGUCUCUUCCUCCGGGAAACCGGCCAAGAAGAAGAAAAGGAAGAUCCCCGUGACGUUUGAGUACGAGGUCGAUGAGCUUGAGGCAGCUGCACAGGAGGCUACAUCCAUCAACGGGCUUGCAGAAGAAGAAACCGGCGUCAAGGCGAAACCAGGCAGUGCUAAAAAGUCACAGAAGAAGACGAAGGCUUCCCCAGCGUCGGCGUCUGACUUCAUGACGUUUCAGAGCAACGCUACAGUCCCGACACCGCUCUUCUGCAAAACCAAGAAGAGCCCCAAAACCCCGCUGUCCAGCAAGAAAGUAAAAAAGAAUCAAACUCCCAAAUCAGAAUCCAAGAAGGUGACCUUCGGUCUCAAGAAUAACAAGACAGCUGAGUUUCGGAAGACCGAUCGCAGCCUGCUGGUGAGUCCAGACGGGUCAUCACGAGUGCCCUUUGACCCAGAGCAGAAACCCAAGUUUGGGGUUCUAAAGUCUCCGCCCACACCACUGUCCGCCAGAAAGACUCCCAAGGCCAACAAGAAGAUCUUGAGAAAGAGCACGCCUAAACGACGACCCACAGCGGCCGACUUCUUCUAACAGACUGUAGAUACAGACCUGACGCUCUGUGUGAACUCCUGAAUAGACUGAUUUAAAAAAACAAAAAAAACAAUCCUCUUUUGGAAAGAUAUAUAGAAGUAUUUUCAUGUUUAUCUGAUAUCAGUGUUGCAUUUUUCCUCCUUAGAGUGACUCAACGUUUUAAUAAAGUUACUCAUUCCACUUUUUCCAAUUUGA